AGAAAAAGGAUUAUAAUCAUGCAAAAUCAGUUCGUCAAUAAAACUAUAUGAGUUUCACUUCUUUCAGCUCAUAGCUUCAACAUCAACAACUCGACUAUCCUGGGAAAGCAACUAAUCGUUUCUUAGCCAUUGCAUUGGAUGCCUCUGGACAUGUGCAUUCGGUUUUGGGAUUUCUGAGACUCUAAUGGCUGCCGGGCAUGAAGUGUAUCCGGCUCAUCGUGAAAGGUACAGAUCUUUAGCUGAAAAAGGAGGAGUAUCAUUAAUUCCGUUAGAUGGAGAUUUAUUGCUGCUAGUAUAGAGGAACUAAUGAUUAUGUUUAUUGAUUGGCGUCACAACAGGCAAAAUCUGUCACUGUCCUUUUGUCAAUGAUUUUUCAUCAGAGAAACUUACCAACAUAACUUAUGCCGGUCAUCAUCAGAGUUGGAAUCAAUAUGAAACUCAUUUUCAAAAUAACUAAAUUCAUAAAUGUGGUCUCGAACUCGGGACAGGCCAGCGUUACCUCAACUCUACCCUUAACCCGCUGCUUUACACCAAAUAAUGCAAAAAAUGACAACAUCAUCUAUAUAAUAAUACCACGCUUUGGAAGCUCAUCAGUUAUCAAUCCUGAAUCGGUGAUAUUUGGUAUUCAAGAAAAUUCGGUUUUAUGCAGUUAAGUUCAACUGAUAAUUUUCGCGUUAAGUGCAGCUACCAGUGUAAUCAAUUUAUAACAUAACCUGUAAAAUUGAAAUUACAAAAAUUACAAUGUAAUAACAGAUACUCUAGACUAUCGACUGCCAAAUGGACUUGAUUUUUUCAAAUUUUUAUCGUUUUGGUUGAUUAUUUGUUGAUUUCAUUAAAUGUUGAUCACCAAGAAAAUUAUAUCAAAUUAAAGCUGAAUUUUAACACAUUAGGAAAAAUCAUAAGUUGAACUCAACUGCAUAAAAAUCGAACCUUAUCAAUUCCUGAAAAAUCAAUAUUUCUAACCUUAUUGAUUGUCUCUUCAUUUGCUUGUUAAUCUGAUCAACCUCAAUGAUUUCCCAGAUUUGACCUGAUGUUGAUGACCAGAAACUGGGAAAUCAACCAACAUAAAUAUCCAGAUCAGCCAGAUCAUUGACAUUCACCUAAAGUUAAUGGACAAAUUAAUUAAAUUUACUGGUCAAUCCAUGUUAAUUUCAGCAUCGGGAAUGGCAUGGCUGCAACCAGCUGUUAAUAGCCAAUGAUUUCAGGCACCUAUUGACAUUUAAAAAUAUGAAAGAUUAAUUGAUUGAUCAAUAGUAGAUGCAAAUUGCAUCAAAAUUUAUCAAAACUGUUUGCAUAAUAAUAAUCAAUGAAACUGCCAAUAUUUGGUAAUUUGCUUGUUUGCUUACUCAAUUAACUGAAUUUGAAAGUUAUAACACUAAUGUAUUGCUGUUGAUCAAUAGUCUGACAUUAGUAAAGGAGGUUUGAUGUUAUUAAUUAAAACUACACUUAGAAGAGGAUCAAAUAGCUGUUGAAAGUGGAUAAUUAGCAAUUUUCAAUGCAAUCAAUAAUGUUCAAUAGCUUAAGCGCAAACAGAUACAAGGACGGUAAAGAAAGGGUGAAAAUGAUUCAAUGAAGAGUCAAUUCAAGGUUAAGAUGAUUAAUAGUGUUAAAUUUGAAUAGUACAAACUUUACUACAUAACUCAACACGUAACUAAACUGUUUGCUUAACAAUUAACCUGGUAAUGACAUUUACCUUGGUAAUAACAAUAACAAAAUAAUAACAAUAAUAAUACUGUUGAUACUUGAUGAAAAAAAACUGGAACUCAUUUGAACAUCGAAAGGAAAAUUGAUAUUUCCUUUAACCUUUUUCUUCUUCUUCUUCCAAUCAUCACCUUAUUUAUCAACUUAACUCUCCCACCUUCAUUGCUAGGCUCAAAAUAAACUACCAGCAACAAAAAAGUUGUUUGUUGAACAAGAACCAGAAAAGAGCAAAACCCAAAAUAAAACCAGAAUUUAUCGAUAAAUUUGGUCAGCUCAAAAUGAUUAUUUCCAGGGUUAGAUAAAAUUAGAAUAACUUACCCAGUAGAUUCACUCAGAUUUAUAGUCGCCAGUUGUUCAUUUUGAUUAGUUCAUUGUCCACUUGGUUAAGAUUUAAGAUCAUUCAAUCAAACGUCUGAAAAUGUUUCAAAUCAACAUUUGUUUGCAGCCUUUAACAAUAAACCUGUUUUCUUCAUUUGAAGUAUUAUAAAAUGUUUGAAAAAAGUGUUCUUUGUUACAAAGUGAACUCUGACAUCAAAGAUUAACUGAUAAGAUAGUAGCAUUGGCAACCGAUGCAACAAACUUAACCAAAGAGUAAAGUAAGCUACUCUUUGAAACUUGACGCAACUUUGUGUCUCUGAUUCAACCAACACUCAUCAUAAUCAUCGAAAUUUUUAACCGUUUUUGUACAAAAAUUGAUCGACUGUUCAGCUGUUUUGCUAUGUUUAAAUAACCAUGAUUGGUGGAGCGUUUGCAUUGAAACGUAAACGUAAACGUGAAUUGGAAGAAAAGCGAAAUGGAUCGGUUCAGGAUUCAAUUUUACCUGGUAUUUUAUCGUUUGGUCAACAAUUUUAUCCAUCUGAAAACAGGUUAGAAUCUGCCAUUGUUUAUUAUGAUAAUCGCGGCAUUGACAGUGCAAAUUGUCGACGCAGAGAGGUUGGCAAAAACAACCGAGACUAUGGAUUAACCGUUGUGGCAAUUUUCAUUCUUGGAGCUGGCUUGUUGAUUUUGCUGAUCAGUUCAAUCCUUUCUGGUUCUGUGACAACACCGAUAACAACCAUUGGUCUGACUUUAACUUCAUUUGGCCUCUUCAUUUUCAUCAUCAAAUGUUUACUUUCCUCUUUUCUCGACAGACCAACUCACCAAAAGCUAAGUCCAGAGCAAAGUGAGGACGAUUUGCACAAACCAUCAUCACCUUCAUGGAUUCAGAUUCCCAUCAACAGUGAUUUACAGCAUGAAAAUUACAAUCACCGUCACCACCAACAUCAUCAUCAUCACCUUCAUCAUAAUCAAGUUCAUAAACAUGAUAAAAAUGGAAAUGCAAAGCAUAGUAAAGAGCCGAAAUAUCAAUUGAGUGGAAGAUUGACUGAGACCAUGUCAUCAAUAAUCCUCGACCCAAGCAAACUUAACAAGCAAUCGCCAGGUUUAAAUGCUGAGCAACCACCCUUUUUAAUUAAUCAACAAUUAAUUACUUCCCUGGCAUCCUCUAUUGAUUCAACUUGUGAGGAGAAUUAUCAUGAUUCAGUUAAUAAAAAUUUGUCUCUCGGUGAAUUGAAACAGACUGGUUCAGAUGAUAUAAAACAAAGAUCGAACAAUACUUCGCCAUCUUUCCAGCUUUUAACCCCAAUCUCAAUCAACGAUGUUUAAUUAAGAACUGUACAUUAGAUUUUAAUCAUGAAAUGUGCCAACAAAUAUUUUCUUUAAUUAUAAUGGUAUAAUUUUUUUGUUUUUAAUACCGUGUGAUUUGCCCAAGGAUGAAAUUAUCUCAAUAAAAUCAACUUUUAGCGUUGCAA